AUGGGUAGAACGGCGGUGGUUCUGGUUCUGGUGGCCGCGGUUGCAGCGGCGCUCUGGACAGGGGUGGCGGCGCAAUCCAGCUGCAAUUCGGUGAUCCUCAGCUUGGUGCCGUGCGUGCUGUACAUCGGGGGCAGCUCUUCGACGCCGUCGGCGCAGUGCUGCACCCAGCUGGCCAGCGUCGUCAAGUCCCAACCGGAGUGUCUCUGCUCCGUUCUCAGCGGCAGCGCUGGGGUGAGCACCACCGUGAACCAGACGCGGGCCCUCGCCCUACCCGGAGCCUGCAACGUUCAGACCCCCUCGGCGAGCCUCUGCAGCGGUGAGCUCCUCCGAUUGCUGGAGAUGGUAGUAUUUCGGAAUCUCCUCCUUCCACGCUAUAAUUAUUGAUUUGGAUUAUAAUUUUUAUGGAAAGCGCCGCCACCGUCGUCAACCCCGGCGGCACCUCCCACCGCCCCACCGCCGUCAAGGCCGGCGCCGCCCCACAUCCCGCCACCGUCCUCAGGCCCGGCGACCGCCUCCACCCCGCCAGCCGACGGAGGAACGAAGGCCACUCCUCCCGGCGGGGAUCCUUCCAGUGGGAACUCCAACAGGAUGACGUUUGCCGUCUUCUUCUGCACUCUCUUCGCCGCCGCAUUCUAA